AUGGCAGCUCUGCCCGGGACGGUGCCUCGGAUGAUGCGCCCGGCUCCGGGGCAAAACUACCCUCGCACAGGCUUCCCCUUGGAAGUUUCCACCCCGCUGGGCCAGGGCAGGGUGAACCAGCUCGGAGGGGUGUUCAUCAACGGCCGACCAUUGCCCAACCACAUCCGUCACAAAAUCGUGGAGAUGGCUCAUCACGGGAUCCGGCCCUGCGUGAUCUCCCGGCAGUUGAGGGUCUCCCACGGCUGCGUGUCCAAAAUCCUCUGCAGGUACCAGGAGACGGGCUCCAUCCGUCCCGGAGCCAUCGGGGGCAGCAAGCCCAGGCAGGUUGCGACUCCCGACGUGGAGAAGAAAAUCGAGGAAUACAAACGGGAAAACCCCGGGAUGUUUAGCUGGGAGAUCCGAGACAGGCUCCUGAAGGAUGGGCACUGCGACCGGAGCACCGUGCCCUCAGUGAGUUCGAUUAGCCGUGUGCUACGCAUCAAAUUCGGGAAGAAAGAGGAAGAGGAGGACUGCGACAAGAAGGAGGAAGACGGGGAGAAGAAGGCCAAGCACAGCAUAGAUGGCAUCCUGGGCGACAAAGGUAACCGGCUGGACGAGGGCUCUGACGUCGAAUCCGAACCAGACCUGCCUCUGAAGCGCAAGCAGCGCCGCAGUCGAACCACUUUCACUGCUGAGCAGCUGGAGGAGCUGGAGAAGGCCUUCGAGAGAACCCACUACCCAGACAUCUACACACGAGAGGAGUUAGCUCAGCGAACCAAGCUCACCGAGGCCCGAGUUCAGGUGUGGUUCAGCAACCGAAGAGCGAGAUGGCGCAAACAGGCGGGAGCGAACCAACUUGCGGCUUUCAAUCACCUGCUGCCGGGGGGCUUCCCGCCGACAGGAAUGCCGACUCUCCCCCCGUAUCAGCUGCCAGACUCCACCUACCCAACGACUACCAUUUCCCAAGACGGGGGAAGCACUGUGCACAGACCCCAGCCCCUGCCGCCAUCCACCAUGCACCAAGGAGGGCUUGCUGCCGCCGCCGCUGCGGACACCGGCUCUGCCUACGGGGCCCGACACAGCUUCUCCAGCUACUCGGACAGUUUCAUGAAUGCUGCAGCUCCUGCCAACCACAUGAAUCCUGUUAGCAAUGGCCUCUCUCCACAGAAGCAGGGUGCCCAAAACAAGAUGCAGUGCUCCCGGUGGAACCUCACCAUAGCCUUGAACAAUCAGGUGAUGAGCAUCCUGAGCAACCCCAGCGGGGUUCCUCCGCAACCCCAGGCUGACUUCUCCAUCUCUCCCCUUCACGGUGGCUUGGACACCACCAACUCCAUCUCUGCCAGCUGCAGCCAGCGAAGCGACUCCAUCAAAUCCGUGGACAGCCUCCCGACUUCCCAGUCCUACUGUCCUCCCACCUACAGCACCACCAGUUACAGUGUGGACCCAGUGGCUGGCUACCAGUAUGGACAGUACGGACAAACCGCUGUUGAUUAUUUGGCCAAGAACGUGAGUCUGUCUACACAGCGUAGGAUGAAGCUGGGAGAACAUUCAGCCGUUCUGGGCCUCCUACCAGUAGAGACAGGCCAAGCUUACUGAAGAGUCCAACUGUGCCAACAACCCACUCCAGCAACUUGGUACCACUGGAGAAAACACCACCAGCCUUCCAGGGAUCUGCCUGUACCCGGACCCUACUCCUUCCCAAUUCUUCCACCUCGCACCAACUUGAGCUGUGAAGGAGACGGGAAAGAGGGGGAGGGCUCUCCAGUACCCAGCUCCUCCAGAGCACUCUUCUCAGAGGCAAGCCUGGCCUCUGUGACCUGACUCCUGCUGUGGCCAGAGACAAUGGGUUGGGUACAUUUAUUAACCCCAAGUUCAUGCCCUCCCUCUAACCUACCUGGCCAUGGCAUUUUGCCCACACUUAAGGACUUUCCAUUGAUCUAGGUAGUUGGCAUAGUCAAAGCCAAAUCUUUUUUUUCUUUGUAAAAAAAAAGAAAUGUUUCAUUUUGUUUCCUUUUCUUUCCAUUGCUGUAAAUUUGGUGAAUGUUGUAUAGGAAGGAAUAACCAAGCUGAUCGUGAAGGGUGAUACAAUUCGGGACCACAGAAGACCUAUGGACCAAAUAUAAAAACUUGUUUAAAAAAAAAAAAAAAACAAAAAACAAACAAACAAACAAACAAAAACAAAAAAUAAAAAGCCACAAAGACAAACUAAACCAGAAAAACAUAUAUUAAAGUGACAGCAAAUUUCCCCACCCCACUCUACCCUUCCAUUCUCACUGAUGGCUUCCCAAAGCAGGGCCAAAGCGGGCCAGAUUGCUGCUACGCAGGGGCAGGAUAUAAGUCCCUCCAGCCUAGGACCUCUGGAAAGUGUAAAUGUAAAUUACUGCAUGAGGACUGGAGAUGAUGGGCACAGGCACAAGCAACAUUUACUUUUCCUCUUAGGGACCAAUUUAGACCUAAUUAUCACUGAAAAGACGGGCAUCAGACAGCAGCAGGAGAUGCGAUAGCGAUCGCUGGCCUUGCACGCACAGAGGAAGGGCAUCAGAUACCCCCGAUGGCGUCGGAGCUUCUGCCCAUCCAGUGGAGAAGGGUGAGGACUGUCAGUGGCCCUUCUUUCACUCAGCUGGAGAGAAGCUGGCCAUGAGAACAAAGACAAGAGAGGGAAGAGUCAGAGGUGUUUGUUAGCUGCCUGCUUGGAGGGGUCAGUAUGCAAAGCCCGGUUCUUCUACAAGUAAAAGGCCGCCUGAAAGAAAACAGUAUGUGUUCGGAAGGUGCUUUCCCACAGCUGCCUCUCACUGAGGGAUGGAUGUGGCCGUGGAGUCAGAGGGGAGAUGACCUGAAGAGUCUUUUCUAACCACAGCUAGGAAGGAAAGGUGCUCUCAACUGCAACAUUGCAUCUAGUUGUACUGCAGGAAAAAUUUACCUUACCAAGGGCAUUCUUCAUCCUCUAGCUACCAGGAGAAAUGCUUGCCCCUGCCCAUCCUCCCGGCUCUUCCCCACCCCUCUCAUUUCAUGUACUAUUUUGUACAACUCAAUCCCUCAGUCCCUUCCCUCUGCUUUUCAUUUUGGUGGUGAAGCCUUUCUCUCUCUAAGCCAGAUCUUGUUCUCUGGAUUUAUCACCCCGUUUUUCUGUAGCAGCCAGUGCUCUCACUUUUGUAUUGACUCGCAGUUCUGCUCAUCACACUGCUCAGACAAAAGCAGCCAACAAUAAGGCAUUGCUAAGUCAUGACCCACAUGGGAUUUAUAGUUUCCCUUUUGCAUGUGGUGAUGAGCCUUGGUGAUUCUUAAGCAGAUCUCUAAUAUUACAGACUUUUUUCCCCCUCACCUUCAAGAGGUUGAGAGGGCUCACUUCAAGAACGCACUGAAAUUUGACCUGGAGAGGGCAAGGAAAGCUGCCCCUGAGAUAACCACCCCGGUGCACAGAAUCUGUGCCAGCCAGUAGCUGAUGUGUAAAAUCCAGUGGCAGCAGACGGUACGUAA